UCUACUGCCUCUCCUCUUGCUCUCCUUUACUCCUCUUUCUGCCUUGGUUCUCUCCUGCCCUCCUUCGCUCUCGCCGACGAAACCUUCGAUCUGGUAAUCCAUGGUGAAAGUCUCGAAUUCCGAGGCCUCCUCCUCCGAGGCUCCGUCGAAUUGCUCGAUUUCUUCUGAUGAGGAGCCGAAGAACGAAGAGAUCAACGAAGAGGAGGACGAAGAAGAGCUCGAAGCCGUCGGGAGGACGACUGGCUCUGAUGAUGACGAAGCAGGCGAGGACAAUUCACAGACUGACGACGACACGGGCGCCGAUGGGAAGAGCGAAGAGGAUGAGGAUGAGGAGGGUGGAGACACUUCGGGUAAUGCUGAGGUUGGAAAGCGUGAAAAGGCCAGACUGAAAGAAUUGCAAAGGCUGAAGAAACAAAAAAUCCAGGAAAUCUUGGAUGCCCAAAAUGCUGCUAUUGAUGCUGACAUGAACAAUAAAGGGAAGGGCCGUUUGAAGUAUCUACUGCAGCAGACAGAGAUAUUUUCCCAUUUUGCCAAAGGAAAUCAAUCUGCAUCUCAAAAGAAACCAAGAGGAAGGGGCCGUCAUGCAUCCAAGGUAACAGAGGAAGAAGAAGAUGAAGAAUGUCUUAAAGAGGAAGAGGAUGCCUUUUCUGGUGCAGGAAAUACACGAUUGGUGACACAACCUUCAUGCAUUCAAGGGAAGAUGCGGGAUUACCAGCUAGCUGGGUUAAACUGGCUGAUACGUCUUUAUGAGAAUGGCAUAAAUGGAAUUCUUGCUGAUGAGAUGGGUCUUGGCAAAACAUUGCAAACGAUCUCCCUACUAGGUUAUUUGCAUGAGUUCAGAGGAAUCACUGGACCUCAUAUGGUUGUUGCACCAAAAUCUACUCUUGGAAACUGGAUGAAGGAGAUCCGGCGGUUUUGUCCAGUUCUGCGUGCAAUAAAAUUUCUGGGAAAUCCAGAUGAAAGAAGGCAUAUACGUGAGAAAUUAUUGAUUGCUGGUAAGUUUGACAUCUGUGUGACUAGUUUUGAGAUGGCCAUCAAAGAAAAAAGUGCCUUGAGACGCUUUAGCUGGCGCUAUGUCAUUAUUGAUGAGGCUCAUCGAAUCAAGAACGAGAAUUCGCUUCUUUCGAAAACAAUGAGACUCUAUAACACCAAUUACCGUCUUCUUAUCACGGGGACACCUCUUCAGAACAAUCUCCAUGAACUUUGGUCUCUUCUCAACUUUCUGCUGCCGGAGAUAUUUAGUUCUUCUGAAACCUUUGAUGAGUGGUUUCAAAUAUCUGGUGAUAAUGACCAGCAGGAGGUUGUUCAACAGCUUCACAAGGUCCUUCGUCCAUUUCUCCUACGAAGGUUGAAGUCGGAUGUUGAAAAAGGCUUGCCCCCCAAAAAGGAAACAAUACUUAAAGUAGGGAUGUCCCAAAUGCAGAAGCAGUAUUAUCGUGCUUUAUUGCAGAAAGAUCUAGAGGUUAUUAAUGCUGGUGGAGAGCGUAAGCGUCUUCUGAAUAUAGCAAUGCAAUUGCGUAAAUGUUGUAAUCAUCCAUACCUUUUCCAAGGUGCAGAACCUGGACCUCCUUAUACCACGGGAGAGCAUCUUAUCACAAAUGCAGGUAAAAUGGUUCUUUUGGAUAAGUUGCUCCCAAAACUAAAAGAGCGUGACUCUAGGGUCCUGAUAUUUUCACAGAUGACAAGGUUGCUGGACAUUUUGGAAGACUAUUUAAUGUUCCGAGGGUACCAGUACUGUCGGAUUGAUGGGAAUACUGGUGGGGAAGAUCGUGAUGCUUCCAUUGAGGCCUUCAACCAGCCGGGAAGCGAGAAGUUCAUCUUCUUACUAUCAACCAGAGCAGGUGGCCUUGGUAUUAAUCUUGCCACUGCAGACGUUGUCAUUUUAUAUGACAGUGACUGGAACCCACAAGUGGAUUUGCAAGCACAAGACCGUGCUCAUAGGAUUGGUCAAAAGAAAGAGGUUCAAGUGUUUCGCUUCUGCACAGAGUACACCAUAGAGGAGAAAGUGAUUGAAAGGGCUUAUAAAAAGCUUGCAUUGGAUGCUUUGGUGAUACAACAAGGGCGAUUGGCGGAGCAGAAAACUGUUAAUAAGGAUGAACUAUUGCAAAUGGUGAGAUUUGGUGCUGAAAUGGUGUUCAGUUCCAAAGAUAGCACGAUUACAGAUGAGGAUAUUGACCGAAUCAUAGCUAAAGGUGAAGAGGCAACAGCAGAGCUUGAUGCCAAGAUGAAGAAAUUCACAGAAGAUGCUAUCAAAUUUAAAAUGGAUGACACUGCUGAGUUGUAUGACUUCGAUGACGACAAGGACGAGAACAAGCUUGAUUUCAAGAAGCUUGUCAGCGAAAACUGGAUUGAGCCACCUAAGCGAGAGCGGAAGCGCAAUUACUCGGAGUCUGAAUACUUCAAGCAAGCAAUGCGCCAGGGUGGGCCAGCAAAACCAAGAGAACCACGGAUUCCUCGUAUGCCUCAGCUGCAUGACUUCCAGUUUUUCAACACACAAAGGCUAAGUGAGCUUUAUGAAAAGGAAGUGCGCUACCUCAUGCAAAUGCAUCAAAAGAAUCAGAUGAAAGACACUAUUGGAGAAGGGGAUGAAACUGAAGAUUUAGGGGAUCCAUUGACUGCCGAAGAACAAGAAGAGAAAGAGCAGCUGUUAGAAGAGGGAUUUUCAACAUGGACUAGGAGGGAUUUCAAUACUUUCAUCCGAGCUUGUGAGAAGUAUGGUCGGAAUGAUAUAAAAAGUAUUGCUUCUGAAAUGGAGGGAAAGUCGGAAGAGGAAGUUGAAAGAUAUGCCAAAGUCUUCAAAGAAAGAUACAAGGAAUUAAAUGAUUAUGACAGGAUUAUUAAGAACAUUGAAAGAGGGGAGGCAAGAAUCUCUCGAAAGGAUGAGAUAAUGAAGGCAAUUGGGAAGAAGCUAGACCGGUACAAAAAUCCAUGGUUGGAACUGAAGAUUCAAUAUGGUCAGAACAAGGGAAAGCUGUAUAAUGAAGAAUGCGAUCGAUUCAUGUUAUGCAUGGUUCACAAGCUUGGGUAUGGGAACUGGGAUGAGCUGAAGGCAGCUUUCCGCACCUCACCCCUAUUCCGUUUUGAUUGGUUUGUAAAAUCUCGCACCACUCAAGAACUUGCAAGGCGCUGUGAUACCCUUAUUCGGUUGGUAGAGAGGGAAAAUCAAGAAUUUGAUGAGAGAGAGAGACAAGCUAGGAAAGACAAAAAGCUUGCCAAGAGCAUGACACCAUCAAAGCGGGCCAUGGCUAGAACGGCAACAGAGAGUCCAAUAUCAACUUUAAAGAAAAGGAAACAGUCGGUGAUGGAUGACUACCUAGGCUCAGGGAGGAGGAGGAAAUGAUAUUUAUGGGAGGCAAAGUUCAGAUUGUUAUAACCAUAUAUUUUACUAAAUCGAACAUAUGCAUCAAGUAGGAUUCUGCCCCAACUAGCGAUAUCAGGUUCACAUACAAGAAUCCAGCCUGGCUGUGGCUUUAUUUUUGGAUAGGUGGAAGGACAGUUCCCUUGGUAAAAAGGGUAAACAUUUAGGAAGGCAAUGUAUGUACAAAUACUGAAAUGAAAUGAUCCAUCCACUUUUUUACGUGAGCCUACGUAACACAAGCUAGACUAAUUUAAUCUAUCCAAUUUUUUCUUUUUAUUAUUU